AUGGCUAGCCUAGUGCAAUUCUUCAAGCCUUUAUCAGUCGAAGUGGAUCAAGAUGCACACGAGUCAGUGACUAAUGGCAUGUGGCACUUUCAUCUGGAGCCCUCCACAACCAUCCCUCCUCCUCCCUUCACGGUCAAGCAAGGUUCUAACCUUGAUUCUACCGAUUACCAAGCCCCCCCGCAUCAUGGAUCAAAGUCCAGUCGAGAGCUCCAAGACAGCGAUUGGAGAAGCAACAACUGUCUCAUGUGUCCGUUGCCGGAGGCGCAAGGCAAGCAACCAUGCGCACGAUGUGUCAAGGCGGGCACUGAGUGCACUCGCGCGGGGACGGGAGAGAAGCAGAGGCCGAUAUCACGGAGAUAUGUGCAAGCCUUGGAGAAUCAAGUAGCGUCUCUUGAGAUUUUCAUCAAGAAAGUCGCCAUCGCAGAUGCCGAGCAGCGAGACCAUAUGCUAGCCGCCUUCCAGCCUGCCAGUACAAACACCGCGCCUCAAGACUCUCUCAGCACCACCUCGACACAGGGAGUCAGAUCGCCAGAAGACGCCGCCGAGCAUUCUGAAGCAAGUCUUGCCCGCUCAUCCGCCGGGCAAAUGAGGAAGCGGAUCUCGAGCAGCGCGGCCUGUUUCUACGGCGGCACAAGCCUGUUUCAAAUUCACCUGUCGGGAGAAUACCUGGCCCCAACUGGCGAUCCGAUCAGUGAAGAGUCACCAAGUCCCUCGAAUCCAGAUUCAUCAAGCUAUCAUAUUGGCCCCAUGAUGACUCGAACUCCCUUUCCUUUUGCCCCCCACGAUGAUGUCUGUCAGCGACUUAUGGCAACCUUCUUCAAACAACAGUACCAGUACAACAUGUGCAUAUAUCGCGAGUACUUUCUCCGAGACUAUGACUGCGGUACCGGGCGUUAUUACUCCGACUUACUCCUAUAUGCCAUCUGCGCCAUGGGCGCAUUGGCUUCUGGCGAGCCUUCCGACCGUGGUCUUUCCGAGAUCUUCGCAACACAGGCGCAGUCUCUCCUGUUCCCGUCCUUUGACCAGCCCGAUCUCACUGUUCUGCAAGCCCUUGUCCUCCUUGGUCAGCGCGAGAUUGGCCACUGUCGGCCAUCCAAGGGUUGGCUCUUUUGCGGCAUCGCUUUCCGACUCGCUCACGAAAUGGGUCUUCAUCUCGAUCCGAAUAAUUGGAGUGGCUCUGCCGAAUCAGAGGUAGACCGCGAGAUACUGAGACGAGUCUACUGGGCUACGUUCAUCGCCGACAAGAACCUCAGUCUCUACUUUGGACGGCCUCCAGCUCUCUAUCCUCAUGAGUCUGAUGUCCGGAACACCGUUCGUCUGCCGUACCCAACAGAUUGGGAGGGACUACUAGACACAUACAUCGCUCCAGGUAUAUCCAUUACCGCAUACGAAGACGGGAUUGCGCUCGUUGGUGCCUUUAUUUACAGGGCGGAGUUAUCCAAGAUUCAGCAUUGCAUUAUCAUAGAUCUAUUCGAGAAUCGACGGCCAGGAGCUCACAAUGCCGCUAUCGCUGCCACAGUUCAGCGCAUCCAUACUGAUCUAACUAAGUGGCUUUCAAGUCUACCUGGAAAACUGUAUUGGAAUCAGUGGACUGUCGGUCAUGUUCCAGCAUGCGUGCUCUAUCUCCACAUGCAAUUCCACACCUCGAUGAUAAUUCUACACCGCCCACCUCGCCAUUCAUUCAAGACCCCUGACAUUUCCUCAAGCGAAGAUGUGGAGAUAUGCUACGAGUCUCUGCAAGCCAUCUUACGAUUAAUGCGUAGCUAUUCCCGCCUUUAUCGCUACGAAGAGCUUCCUCUCGACUUCGUGCAUACGCUCUCUGUAGCCGCAAGCACCGUCCUCAUGCGACGCUGGCUCGAUAAGGAUAUGCAUCAGAUGGAGAAGGAAAUGAACCUGAUAGUCCAAGCCAUGCAGGCUAUAAAGGAAACAUGGCCGUGUGUGAAGGAGAUUGAGAAGAGUGUCUGUAAGAUCGAGAAGUGCGAGAAACCUGCGGACAACGUGCCCGAGAUCGACGCCAUGCUUGAUGCGGGCUUCAUGGCCGGGCUCUCUACACCAUAUGAAGGGGAGCAUUGGUCGAUGCCCGAUCAAUACACUCAGGACAUGUUUGAUGUCACGCUUGGCCCAGUGCUGACGGAUGGGAUCCUUGGUGGUGUUCGGGAGGAUGCAGGGCAGUUGAUGAUAGAUAUCUUUCCUCCCACUCUGGACAAGGGCGAAUAG